CCUGAGGGCGCUGCUGUCAAAGCUUCAACUGCUCUCCUCUUGACUCCACCCCACUUGACCGAACACUGAAUCUGGGGAGCUGCGUCAGCAGGCAAGUCAACUUGAACUCUGUGCUGCAAAGCAGGAGGAAAAGAAGUCCGAUUUAUCAGAUGCUGAAUUUUCUCCCCCGGAAAUGAAUCUCCAGCCGAAACGUUGUGUGUCCUCGUUAUAUUUCUAUUCAAGCUGCUCCACCGCUCUGUCUUUCCAACGUGAAAGCACAGCACGUACAUUCUGCUCUUUUCUGACGUUUCUUUUUUUUUUUGCAAAAGGGGGAGAUUAAGAUUAAGAUGAAGCGCUCUGUGGUGCAUUCAUUUGCUUGGCUCAGCAGGAACAGGUAUCCAGGGAAACAUGAGAUAUUUUACACACGAGUUAUCGCCAGCUGGGUUUAUCACCUGAGAAAGGUUGCUCUGGCAGGUUUCACGCCCUGGCUGAACCCUCAGCGUUACGCCUGUGGCCAGCUCUCAGCAGCUGAGGUGCUGUGCUAUUCCAGGGUGCUCCCGAUGGCCCCCGAACUGCAUCUCGCCUCCUCUGAGGGCCCAGCCGGUUUUACAGCUCGCAAGGAAAAGGGUCGCCGUGUCCAGUUGAGCGAUCAAUGGGCUCUAUCAGGUGAUCAAGUGAAGACGAGCCACAGGAACCUCGGGGCCCUCCAGGAAUGAGCUGUGAGGAAGAGCUCCGGCGCGUCAGUGCUCUUACUCGCCAAGAUCUCAGGACUUCUCCUCCGGGCCGAGAUUUGUUUCAGAAUCCCAGACUGGCCCAGCAGCACGUCGCCUAGAUAAUGAGCCGGGAGUCCUUGGGCAUGACGGAUAUCCAGUUGUACCUGUCCCAAACCACCCAGGACCCCUGCUAACACCCUAUUACAAGGAGGAGAUAUGGCCUACUCUGAUCUGGAUUGAACACCACAGGGAGGCCUCCUCUGGUCACACGUGUCUCUGUAUGUGUGGAAAGGGGCAUUUCCAGUGUGAUAAAAAUAUCCUGUCUUCGCAGUUAUGAGUGAAGUACGAGGGCUCUGCCCGUCGUUUCACAAAAUCUUCAUUUAGUUUCCUCUCGGUACACAACUGCGCUGCUGAUCCGUAUUUUUCUCAUUGAAACGCGCGUGUUUUCCCCUCGUCGCUCCCAAACUCGCAUGUAAAGCACACAGUUAACUUCUCGCUUGACCAACAACAACAACAACAACAACAAAAAAAAAACGUGUUAGCUACGGGUUGUUUUAUUUUGGAAGCGCUGCUGUUCACGCCACGUCAAGCGCCCAGACUCCCCGCCCCCUACACACACACACACACUUGGAAGAAAAAUGUUAAAAAGACACAAUUUGUAACAACGCAGUAGCGACCCGCCCGCCCGUGUGAACCGGGCGCGUAACUGAUGCGCGCAGCUAAAGCCAUUUUGUGUCGGCGAAAUCCCUUCCCUGCUCCUGCGCCUUUUAUGCAGCACGCACGGAAGGCAGGGGUAUCCAGCGGUGGACUCAGCCCACAGCAGCUGCAGCGCUCCAGGAGAGGAGCAGAGGAGAAGGUGCCGUAUCUGUCGGCGGCCCGGGGCGCGUUUGCGAGGAGCUGUCCCACGGGAAACGGGAAUGACUACUGGGUUGAUGUGGUGAGAUGUGCUGUUUCUGCCAUGGCGAGGGGGCUGUUUUCAUGGGCCUGGCUGAAAAAGCCGUACUACAUUCAGGCUCGCUUCUCCUACCUGCGCGUGAAGUACCUCUUCUUCUCCUGGCUGGCGGUGUUCGUCGGCAGCUGGGUGGUGUACGUCCAGUACUCGGCCUACACGGAGCUGUGCAGAGGCCACGACUGCAAGCGCACCAUUUGUGAUAGAUACAGGAAGGGCGUGAUCGACGGCUCAGCCUGCAGCAGCCUGUGCGAUAAGGAAACGCUGUACCUGGGGAAGUGUCUCUCGGCCAAGCCCAACAACCAGGUGUACAUCGGGAGCUGGGGAGACUUAGAAGGUGUGGUAAAAUGUCAGCUGGAGGAGGUCCUUCGCUAUGACCUGGGGUCAGAGAUGGAGCCCAGGAAAGAGGCCGUGCUGUUCGACAAGCCCACCCGGGGGACGUCAGUGGAGAAGUUCAAAGAGAUGGUCUUCAGCCUUUUAAAGGCGAAGGUGGGCGACCAGGCGAACCUGCUGGAUCUGGCGAGCCUGGUGCUGGCGGUGGCCGACGGGAACAAGGACGGGCACAUCUCCCUGGCAGAGGCCAAGUCCACCUGGGCACUGCUGCAGCUGAACGAGUUCCUGCUGAUGGUGACGCUGCAGGACAAGGAGCACACCCCCAAGCUCCUGGGCUUCUGCGGGGACCUGUACGUGAUGGAGAAGGUGCAGUACACCUCCUUGUACGGCAUCAGCGUCCCCUGGCUGGUGGAGCUGUGGAUCCCCGCGGGCCUGCGCCGCAGCAUGGACCAGUGGUUCACCCCCUCCUGGCCCCGGAAGGCCAAGAUCUCCAUCGGGCUGCUGGAGUUCGUGGAGGACAUCUUCCACGGCACCUUCGGGAACUUCCUGGUGUGCGACAUGAGUGCCGGCAGCUUCGGCUACAACGACAAGCACGACCUGAAGGUGGUGGACAUGCGCAAGGUGGUGCCGGAGGCGGCCUUCCGGGAGCUCAUCCGGGACCGGCACUGCGAGGCCGACGAGGACUGCGUCUACGGCGCCGACUGCCGCACCACCUGCGACCAGACGAAGAAGCGCUGCACCGCGGAGGUGACCCGCCCCAACCUGGCCAAGGCCUGCCAGUCCCUGAAGGACUACCUCCUGCGGGGGGCGCCCUCCGAGAUCCGCGAGGAGCUGGAGAAGCAGCUGUACUCCUGCAUCGCCCUGCGCGGCUCCGCGGACCAGAUGGAGAUGGAGCACUCCCUCAUACUGAACAACUUGAAAACGCUGCUGUGGAAGAAGAUAUCCCACACGAAAGACUCCUAGAGCCCUGCCGGGCCGGGCCGGGCCAGGCCGCGCCCCCGCCCCCCCAC